GCCCUUCCUUGAAAAGGUGAGUGCUGGCUUUCCAAGCUGAGAGGUGGCCUCAGGCUCCCUGAGAAGAGAUACCCUGGUGACCAUGCAUGCCCAGAGGGAGGUCGGGCUCCUCUGCUUCAUUGAGGAGAUCUCAUGGGGCCAGAUGGAUAGUUAUCAGUAGGACAGAGGGGACAGAAGAGCCAGAGAGGCAGAGAAAGUCUUUUGGUGUGAUACACAUAGGAGCUGGGAAAACAAAGUGGCGUGAGCUGAGGCGUGGGGGACCAUGGGGUGAAGGAGCUUGCAUGACCCAAAACUGAGUUAAUUGCAUGUCAACAGUAGCUAGAUAAUGGUGUCUUUCCCUCUCAGUUAUUGCUCGGAGAAGGACAAUUUGUUCUAGUGAUAGCAAACAAGGGGAAGGCUCGUUUGGAGAUAGGCUGUGGGCACUCCCUGCCUGAGCACAGCGUUACUCAGGGCUGGAGGAAGUUUUGCAGCAGAUCACAAUACCUUGAGCUGUGGUAAUAACAUGCUUCUUCACAGUGUUUAUCGUUGUAUUUCAGGCAGCUCCUCACCAAGCUGCCACCAUCCAGCCCAUUACUACCUCUCAGUAUCAUGAAAAGGUGCCCUUAAUUGCCUCUUCUCUGCAGAGCAUAGCUACUGCACCGGGAGCAAGGAGCAGCCAUUUCCAGAGUGGAGGUGGCCCCAGUUUAAGGAGUUCCCUCGUGAUAAGAGUAUGUUGGGGUGCUGCUGCUGUGGGGUGCGAUCCAGGCAUCAGGUCCCUGCUGACGGAGGUGGCACAGCCCUGGGCUGAGUGUGCCAGGACCACUCGCAGACCAUGGGAGCCCCCUUCCCCAUGGCCUCGUGGACAAGCCCGGUUGAAUACUAGCCAGGGUUUAGACUUGCCAAAGCAAGCAAUCCCAAGAGGUUUAGCAGCCUUGGGAUUGUAGGAGGAAUAUAGAGGAGGCCAAGUGGUAGGGCAGCAGGGAUCCUUCAGGGGGCUGGGAGCACAGGAGAUGCCGUGGUGGGAAUGUGAAUUUGGGCAGGAGAAAGGGGCUUCAGCUUUGCUCAAGCCAGGUGUGAGCUGACUGAUCCCAACAACAUUCUUGCCAGCAACAUCAUGAGGAUCUUAGUGUCAUCAUUUAACCAGUUGGUUGAGAUUGGCAUCUCUGGAGAAAUAUGGGUGUCAAAGGCUAGAAUCAGGCACCUUAGAGCUUUCUCUCUUUCUUUCCAUGCAGGUCCCCACGGUCAGGUGGGGAGAUGCCAGAGGGAUGGAACAUCUCUUCUGACAGCCUGGAGCUUCAAGCAGCAGGGAUUAUUGUGCCCAUCAUCUUCUCCCUCAUCUUCCUUGGGGGUACUGUGGGGAAUGGGCUGGUGCUGGCUGUGCUGCUGCAGAAUGGCCAAGUCAAGUACACCACCACCAACCUCUUCAUCCUUAACCUGGCCGUGGCAGACUUGUGCUUCAUCAUCUGCUGUGUCCCUUUCCAGGCCACCAUUUACACCUUGGAUGGGUGGCUCUUUGGGGCCUUUGCCUGCAAGGCUGUGCAUUUCCUGAUCUACCUCACCAUGUAUGCCAGCAGCUUUACCCUGGCUGCCGUCUCCAUUGACAGGUACUUGGCCAUUCGCUAUCCACUGAAGUCCCGUGACCUCCGCACCUCCCAAAACGCAGGAGUGGCCAUUGCAGCAAUCUGGUCACUGUCGCUGCUCUUUGCAGGGCCUUACCUCAGUUACUACCAGAUAAUCCACUACCAUGGUAUGCCCAUCUGUGUCCCCAUCUGGGAGGACCAGCGCCGAAAGGUUCUGGACAUCCUCACGUUUGUCUUUGGAUACCUCCUGCCCGUGACCGUGGUGAGCCUGGCGUACAUUAGGACCGUCAAGUUCCUGUGGACCUCCGUAGACCCCAUAGAAAGAAUCUCAGAGUCCCGGAAGGCCAAGCGUAAGGUCACGAAGAUGAUUGUGGCUGUGGCCAUCCUGUUCUGCCUCUGCUGGCUGCCCCACCACCUGGUCAUCCUCUGCUUCUGGUUUGGCCACUUCCCCUUCAACCGAGCCACUUACAUUUGCCGCCUGGCUUCCCACUGCCUGUCAUACACCAACUCCUGCCUCAACCCCAUUGUCUACGCCCUCAUCUCCAAGCAUUUCCGCAAGCGUUUCAAGCAGGUCUUCACCUGCCUCUUCUUCCAGAACAAGACCAGGAAGAAGAAGAAGAGAGUUGGAAGGAAAUUCCAUAUGGUCAAUGUGGACAGAGGUUUCAUCAACAGCACCAGAGGUUUCUAUGGAGGCAACACUGAGGUGACCCAGGUCCCAGAAGACACCAGGAAGAGGGACCAUGAAGGUGCCAGUCAUGCCAGAGCAUGGACUCAGCAGCUUCAAGAUGCCAUGGUCUCUGUUAAAAAGGGGAUACUGGAGGAGGAACAUUUGGCAACAGCUUGCCAUUCCCUAGACAUGACCACUUUAAGAGGAACUCAGGAGUUUCUGACUGUUCACCACAGAUGAACUAAGUGAAGAAACACAUUUUCCAGACCGUGAGUAGCCACUCUAUUCCCAAACAGGGCAAAUAAUGUGAGGCAGAGGGGAAUGGAUGCAGCAGAGCCACCAAAAGAUCCUGUGGCAAUGGUAAACCCAUUGCCCCGCUCACCUUCACUCGCUGGCCCACAGCAUUCACCUAGGAAUGUCACAAUCCACCUAACCAGAUGCAGAAUAGAAGGACAUGUUAAUAUAAUGUCAAGUGACCUGAGCAGCAUUCCUGCAACACAUUUUAAGGACUCCAUUUCCCAACUUCCUAACUUGCUAAUUUUGUGCAACGACUUGAAACUCUGAGAGGGAGGAAACCAAAAUGAAAAUAUCCUGGUAGGAAAUCCAGGCUGUUAAGGUCACAUCAGAGCAUGGGUGGGAAGGGUGGAGUUCACAGGGACCUGAGUCUGAAUAGAGUAGCUGGAAGCCUCUCUUCCUGAGAGCCCCAAGUGGAGAAACGCUGUCCCCUGCCCACAUGCCCUUCUUUUCCUAUGUGCCAGGGGCAGCCUUCAUCCACCUCUGCCCCCUUCCCUUGCCUCUGCAUCCAGAUCAAAGGAUCUUUGCCAGUACUGAACUGGUGCACAAGGAAGUCAGCUGUCUGUGCCAACAGCUCGAUGACACAAUAUGCACAGCAUUGUUCUACCUGAUUCACCCCUCUGCUUACUUUCUGUUUGUCUUUCUCAAAUUUCUGAGGGAUUGCUGCCUCCUCUUUGAUCUGUGCUUGCUACUUGGAAUUUCAUCCCUUCCUUCUGGGGCUGAAGGUCCUCUUGCUCUCAGAGCAGUGAUGUUAUUCAGCGAUAUUAGCCCCACACACACUGUUUAUUCACUUGGCCAGACAUUUUUUUUCUAUGUGAUGAUGAAGAUGGUGAAUGAAUUGAUGGCUGUCACCAAAGCAAAAGAAAGUAACCAAGUUGCAAAAUAAGCUGUAGAGCCAGGUGACAAUUAUGGUGAGGCAAAGGAGAAAGAAACAGGCCCAUCACCCCCAUGUGCACUUAGCUCAAUCCUUAGUGCUCCUUUCUACAUGGUGGAGAAGACUUCCAGGAGAGCACAUGGCCAGCACCACUGAGGGGGUUGGGAUCUCUUCCAAGACUGGCCACUGUUGUGGGAUAGCUGUGGGACCCAUGUCCACCUGGGAGAAAAACUUUCCCCUGCUCUGUCCCUGCUGCCCCGAGCAGCUGCGGAGAAACCUUUAGCUGUGGCAGCAGCUCAAUGACACCCUGUAGCAGGGCCAAGAAUCCUCUCAGCCUGA